CUCAUCUUGGCUCAAGCUCUUUACUUAUCCAUAAUACCACCAUACGGUUAUACUACAACUAUAUGCAGGGUAUCCUCUCUGUGUGCCACGUCUUCGUACUCCUGUCUCUAUGAUAAGAGCGCCCCUGUCCUUGCCUAAUUGGUGGGUGAAGAGCAUAUAGUAGUUCCCAAGAAAUGGCGAGCUUGUUAGUUCUGGUUGCCCACAGCGGACGGACGCUGCAACUUGACGUGCAGCCUUCAACACGGGUGGACGCGGUGCAGCAUGCUUUGGUCUCCUUUACGGGGAUCCCCGUGGCGGACCAAAUAGCUAUGUACCAGGGCGCUAGACUGGAUCCGACCAAGCCGCUGGGCGCCUAUGGAUUGCCAGUGGCCUCCUCGCAUGCCGCCGUGGAGGACCACCCCGUGUUCCUCUACUGCCGCUCCUACCUCAAGCCCGGCGCAGCGCUGCCGCCACCGGAGGCCCUGCCACCCCUGCAGGUGCAAGUGCCCCCCCUGGCCGAGGUGAACCUGGCGCACCCGCUGCACUCGGCGCCCAGCCCGCUGGUGCGCGCGCUGCCCGACUACGAGCGCCACUUCCAGCACCACCUGGCCACCACCCGGGCGUACUGGGACGUGGCGCAGGCGAGGAUGCAGAGGUGCCGGCAGCUGCUGUCUGAGCAGGAGGUGCAGGCGCGGGCGGCCGAUGCGGCCCGGGCGAAUGUGGAGGCGCACUUCAACUACAUCCUUAACAGCUACCAGACCUUCCUAGACAAGUACAACGCCCAGCAUGCGGCCCACUCGGUGCUGCUGUCCACCUUCCCCGCCGACCUGGCGGCCCUGGAGGCCAUCGAGCUGCACCCGGGGCUGCAGGGGCAGGGAGGGGGGCUGCAGGGGGGGCAGGAGGGCAGCACGCAGGUGUCCUCUUCCCCAGCAGUGGCAGCAGCAGCAGCUCCGCCCUCCUCGCCACCACCGCACCAGCAGCAGCAGCAGCAGCGCAGCGGGGAAGCCAACCCGCUGCACCAACACCAACACGGCCACCACCAUACCCACCACCACCACCACCACACACCGCAGCACCAGACAGGCCAGGGGCCCGGCCCUCCUGCUGCUGCUGCUGGGGCUGCGUUUCCUCACCCCCAGCCCCAGCCCCUGCAGCCGCUCCCCCUCCGACCGCCCCCCCCUCCUCCCCCUCCUCGGCGGCUGGCUGACGUGUACCCGGUGUCCCGGCUGCGCGAGUGGGCGGACACGUGCGGCCGCAGCCACGCCAGCCUGGGGGGCAAGGUGGCGGAGCUGGAGGGGCUGUUCCAGCUGCUGAGGAGGGACGUGGAGGGGCUGUUCAUGCAGGCCCCUAGUGUGGAUCUGGACGGGCUGGGCCGGGAGCUGGCGGAGCACGAGGCGCUCCUGGACGAGCACAGCAGCAUGGUGCAGGUGCUGUCUAAGGACCUACGGACCGUACGGACGUUGGUAGAGGAUGUCGUAAGGCAGUUGGGCAGCGCCGCGGGUGGCGGUGGUGGUGGCGGGGCAGGAGGAGGUGGCGGUGGGGGGGCGCCAGGCGGUGGCGGCGGAGCGGGCGUGGCGGGCGGCGGAGGGGGGUUGCGGCACGGGGCGUUGCAUGAUGCAGCGGCGGCCAUGGAGGCAAUACAUGAGACCCACCGCAACCGUGUGCUGCCCCGGCUGGCCCAGCUGGACGGCCUGCUGGCCUCCUUCGCGUCGCGGCUGGAGGCCAGCAAGGUGGCCAUGAGCCGCGAGCUGCUGAGCCAGCUGCAGCGCAUCGCGGCCCAGCAGAGCCGCAUCCGCGACAUGCGCAACAAGCUGGCGGCAUUCCACGAGGUGCUGGGGAGGCAGGACGCGGCGUUCGGGGAGCUGAGGGUGGUGCACAGGCUGCCCUCCGCCUACCGCGCGCUGUUGGCGGAGGCGGUUCGCAGGGCGGCAUGGCACCAGCUGUACUGCGGUCAGGCUGGGCGGCUCGCGGAGCACAUGACGAGGUUUCGGGAGAAGGAGGCGGCGCGGAGGACAGCCUUCGCAGCGCAGGUGGCUCGCUACCUGCCGCCCGACCUCCUCACUCGCGCCGGUUUGUCUUCCGAGCCGCCGCACUGCCAGGUGACCGUGCCCUCGCCUGCCGUACCGCUCAUCCACGUCACCAUGGCGGACCUGGCGCGCCUGUCGUACUUGGACGAGCGAAUGGCCUCCCUUGCAGCGACUGCGGCAGCGGCAGGAGGCAGCAGUAGCAGCAUGCGCGCCUCCGUCCCAUCUGCAGCGACGGCGGCAGGGGGAGGGCCUCCUGCCGUACACCCCACAUCCUCCGCGUCUUCAUCGCACCACACGCUGCACCCGCACCCGACCCAGCCGCCGCUGCAGCCGAGUGGAAGCAGCCGGCUGCUGCAGCAGAGCACGGUGGCCGUGUUGGAUGCGGACCCCCCUCCGCCAGCCGAUCGGCUUGGAGCCCUCGAGAUGGAGAACGCCCGGCUGCGGGCCGAGCUCGCCAACCACAUCGCGGCAGCCGCCAUCCGCGAGCUCACGGAGAGCACGGCCGCCGGGAUCCCUGCUCCCUCUGCAGCAACUGCAGCACCGGGCACGGAGGCCCCGGCCGCGACCCCCGCGACCCAUGGGUCACAACAACCCCAGUCGCCGCAAGCACGGAAGUCGCUGACGGGAGAACCAGCAAGCGGUGGCGGCGGCGGCAGCGGUGCAGGCAGUAGUACGGCAGCGCCUCCGCCGCCUCCGCCGUCUUCGUCAGCUCGUCGCGACCCCGCGGAGCUGCUUGCCGCUAUGCAGCGCGCGCUGGGCAUGAAGGACGACCUGAUCAGGCAACAGCAGCGGGAGGCGGCGGCGCUGGCGGCGAGGGCGGCGGCGUACGAACAGCGCAUUGUUGCACUGGAGGCGCUGCUGGCGAAGCAGGCGGGUGUCGCCGCCGCUUCCGACGCCUCCGCCGCCAGCGGCGCCGCGGCAGCAGUGGAUGCUGUGGGGUUGGGUGAAGGCGCCGGGGGCGAUGGUGGGGAGGAGGGGACAGCGGGCGCGGCAACGCCUGUUGACAGGAGCCGGAAGGAGGGUGCCUCCAAGACCGCCUCGGUUGCAGGGGAAGCGGCAGCUCCUCCUCCCGAAGUAGCGUUGGGAGCAGCGCAGGGUGCUGCGUCCAGGGUGCAGAACGGUGGCGUGCGUGGAGAUGUUGGGGACAGCAGCAGCGGCGGUGGUGGCGGUGGUGGUGCCGGUGCCGAGGGUCGUUCCGGAGCUGCGCCAGGAAAAGCAUCCAACAUAACAGGAGGAGGAGGAUGCGGCUUGGAAGCCAGCAAACGCACCGGCAGCAGCGUAGCGGCGAGCAAUGCUGCCGCUGGUGGAGAGUCGGAGACGGGCGGUGGUGGCGGCGCUGCUGCUACAGCGGCAGGAGCAGCAGCCGUGCCGGACGACAGGGGCGUCGGCGCUACUGCUCCCGGCGCUAUCGCUGCCGCUGCCGGCGGCGCCGGUUCAGCGGCAGUCGCUUCACCCUUUUCUCUCCCAGCCGCGCAGCACGCCGAAGCCGCACAACGACUGCGCUCGACAUCCACCGCCGCAACAGCCAACCUGGGUGUUAUUGCCGGCGAUGUUGACAACACCGUCAGUCACGACGCGGGCGGCCCAGCGGAAGCAGUCGGAGUCCCGGCACCGCUGCUGGAGCCCCUUCCGGCGCCGCAGAGGGGUCCCUCAGGCCCCCAGGCCAUUCCCCAAGGCUUGCAUGGGGCCGUACGUCGCGGUGGGGGCGGCAUGGGCUUCACCGGCUCGCCGUACGAGCACCGCGCUCCCAUGCCGCUUGGGUCGCUGCCGUUCGCGACGUCACUGCCGGCUGGCGCCUCGUCCAUGGGCAUGGCGGGCCGGCUGGCUUCCUCGCCGGGGGGCGGCAUCGGACUGGGCUUGGCGCUUGGUCUGGGGCUUGCGUCGCUUGCGGAAGGGGGUCCUAUGGGGCUUGGCAGCCUGGCGGGUGGAGUGGUGGGCGGGGGCUUCAGCCGGGGUGGCAGCCGCAGUGGCGGGGGCGGUAGCAGUCGGCGCAGCAGCCGCAGCAGUGGGAGCGGCAGCGCUGGUGAGGGUUGUGAAGAUAUGGAAGAAGAGGGAGGAAGCGUUAGUCUCCGGAUUGGGACAACGACCCAUGGGUCAUCCGUACCGGCCGGAAGCCGCAGCUCCGGCGGUAACGGCAGCAGCAGGAGCAACGGAAGCAGCAGGGCCGCUAGCAGUAGCGGCCUGCAGUUCGAUCCUUCCUGGUCCGCUGCUCCGGUGAGUGGAGACUCGACGGCAGAAGGCGACGGCGUCGUCAUUGAGGAGGACGCUGCCGAAGGAGGUGCGGUCGGGGGCGUCAGGGAUGCAACGGCGGCGGCAGCAGCAGCAGCGGUAGGAGGUGAUGAGGAACGGCGGCAGCAAGCCUCUAGGGGUGGCAGCUCGGGCGUUGCGGACGCUGCAAUUGAGGCUGGUGGGGGGCUGCUGGUUCCUGGUGCGGCCAGCAGCGGUGACGACACUGGUGCGAGCGCGGGUCUGGGUGCAGCAGCGGGUGCAGCCCUCAUGGACGGUGAUGCGGACGGGGGCGGGGGGGCGGGCGGCGAGGGUGGGGGUGAGGCGCAUGGUGGUGGUGAUAGCGAGGAUGAGGGAGUGCAGGUAGGAGAGGAGGAGGUGGAUGAUGCGGCGGACGUGCCGGAUAUCGAUGAGGUGUCUGACGGGAGCGGUGGCGCGUGGGAGGUUGAGGAGGUGGCGUCCGCGUCGGCGCCGCUGUGCGCAGCUGAGGGCGACGGAGCUGCGGGUGAUCGUGAUGGUGGGGGUGAGCUUGUGGUGACGGAGGGAGGCAGCGGUGGUGGAGGUGGUGUCAUGGUCGCAGGCGAGGGGACGUCUCUGCAGCAGCAGCCGCAGGUUGGCGGGGCUUCGUCGGGGUAUGAGUCAGCUGGGUCGGUCCUUUCGGAGGGACGGGGCGGUUGAGCGUGAGGUGAGGUGAGGGGUGAGGUGAGGGGUGAGGUGAGGAGUGAGGUGAGGAGUGGUGUUGGCGUCUGCAGCCGUUGCUGCGUAUGAAAAGCGGGGAACCUAUAUUGAUGAAGGGAAGGAGGAGAGGGAGGGGCAGAGGGGGCCGAAAAGGGAUGAGAGGAAGGAUUAGCAAGUGGUGAGCAAACGCGUGCGUGUACGGUUUACGCGUGUGCCAUGGUUAUACAUCCACGGUUUGGUUGGUUUGGUUUGUGUGUUGAUUUGUGUGCCGAGGAAAGUGGUUUGUGUGUUAAGAAAACUGGCCGCGAGUAGGAACGUACUGUGAUGUGUUCGUGUGUGUGUCUCUGAACAGAGGUGUGGAGGGACAAUAAAGGACGUUCACACGCUAUAUAGGGCCUAGCUGAGCGGGCGAGAGGCUAAAUAGUGACGUGAGAAUGAGAAGUGGAGAGCGGAAGGUGAAGACGCAGUGCUUGAGUCACGGUGCGCGAGGGCCGCGGGUAUUUGGGGCAGCAGGCUACGGAGCAGGCGGGUUGUAUGAAGGAAGUAUGAAGGGAGUAUGCAGAAGAGGAAACCGUAGGGCGUCGGUCCCUUUUGAUUGUGGGGAGGGGUAACUGAGCGGUUUAGCAGCAGUUGAAUGCAGUAGUGCUGCACAGGGUUUUGCUUCUUUCAUGUUUGCGUGUUGUUACUACGACGCCUACCAACAGUUGCUGUCUUUGCCGGGGAUGUGGGUUGGGAGACGUCAAUGAAGGUUACUGUAAGGCAUGCUGCGGUGCGAGUGGUCUGUGAUGAUGGCGACCAUCAAGAUGGAAGGGUGGAAGGUGUUGAUAAUGAUGAAGAUAUGGAUGGUGGCGGGCGGGGCAGGGCACAGGAAGCAGGCCUGCCGGUUUUGACCCUCCUACUCCCUAUGUCCCUAAAGGGGGUAAGGUGCAGGUCUCCGACUUGUCGGCGCCCGCUUGACUUUUGAUUGUGUGCGCGGGGUGUUAUCGAGCGACGGAGGUGCACCGCGGCGGUGGUCUGUGGUCGGCAUGCGGCGGUUGCGGCUGCACUUCCGCGUUUGGGGGGAGAGUAUUUGUGACUGGGAGGGGAGGGUGUUGUGGGUGGAGGAGGGGAGGCACGGGUCUUGAUUGGUGGGGGUGAUGGAUCAAAGUACCCCUGGCGGGUGUGUAGGAUGGAGGACAGCAGGCAAUGCCGUCGGCUGGUUGUGCUGGCGAAUUGCGCGCUUCAGGAAGCGAUGGAGGUGUGUUGGCCGCACGAGAGGGAACCGUCAGUUGGAAACAUGUUUGGUGCUUCUCCUCUUCACUCCCUUUUUGCUGAGGAUCUUACAAUAAAGGCUGUUCAGGCAUAAGGUGUUCGGAGGGAGGAAGCAACGCCCGUGUGUGUGCAUACUGGGCGCAGCGCAGGAAGCAAGGUGCGCGAAGAGAACACAGGAGGAGGCGGCGGCGUGGGUGGUCAGGAAGGGUGAGGACAGGGGUCAAGGACGUGCAGGUGGAAGAAGGGCGAGCAGAGGUUUGCGCACAUGUGGCCAGGCAGCCGCCAGACAGUUGCGAGGGUGUGGGCGCGGACAGCUUGAGGAAGGCGCGAACGCGGCAUUCGGUAUGUAUGGGAAGAGUCAACGAGGAUAUGGAGGCAACUUGUCGUAGGAAAGGCCGGGAGGAGGGCGAGAGGCCGCGGUUGUGGUCUGCUGGCGUAUGUGUGUUAAGAAAACUGGCCGCGAGGUGUACGCACGUCCAUGCAGUGGCGGCUAGGUGCAUAGGGUUUUAGGUUGCAACCCUACAUGUUGCCGUUGGGGCUGCAUGGGCGUACAUUGCAGUUAGUUGUUAGCGGAACUUUGUACGCACGGCGUUAUGUGGCAGUCCUGUUUAUCCUGUAAAGCAGCUUCCCAUACAGUCCUGAUUGGGGUGAGGGGCUAUUACCGGUACAGGUGCCGGUAGCUGUGUUGUACGGGAGUAUGAGAAGAAGAGGCAACGUACGCGGUUACAGAGGUAUGUAUGUUUUUCGCUUAAACUUUGUGCGUGUAUUUGCGGCGUGGCCGGGUCAAAGUCCGCGUAGGAUAUAUUCGUGUAGGUGUUGUUUGUGUGCUGGACUAAUUUUGAUUAGUAUAUCCGCCCAAACCUUUGAUUAGUAAGCCAAAAUAUAUCAUCCAAUGUGUGCCAAAGCAACGAUUUUGCUAUUUCAGCACCCAGUCCUAUCACGUCGAUUGUGUUGGUUAGGGGGCGCCCCCUUGUACACUAUACCGGGUUCCGUAUUCUUCGACCGCUGUGUGUCGGAUCCCUGUAUCUUUUAGCUUGUUACGUUAUGUGUUGCUUUCACUUGUUGCGAUGUGACCUAGAAGUUGUGGUUUCAGGUUUGCUGAUGCCAUCCCUCAAACGGCUUAAGAGGGAUGACAUGGAUUGAAGUGCCGGGUUUCACGUGUUGCCCAGAAGGGGCCACGUCUGCGGAGUUGGUCCGCAAAACAGAUAACACGAGCGGCCCCUCUGCAUGCAGGACAAGCCUUAUUGUAACGGUCUGCAACUUAGCAGGGGCCGUGCAGGGGCCGUGCUGCUCGCAGGGUUUCCCAGCACAUAUGGAACAGCCCCUGCACUCCUACGGCAUGGUGGUGG